CAUAUUAAGAACAUCAUCUAAUAUUGCUUUAUUUGUUGCUUUUUUUUUAAUAUUUAUUCAUCAAUGAUUUCUUUUUUUAAAAAAAAACAUCAAAACAUUAUUCCCUUGGACCGAUAUGAUGAGUUGUGAAAUGUGAAAUACCUCUAAAUAUGAUAACGAAAGAAGUGGACGGAAUCUGUCAUCUUCUUCUCCCUUCCCUUUCCACAGUCCACACACAGUCACACAGUGGGUCCUGGAUUGCUAAGUCUAAAACAAAAGCUUAACAAAGGAAGAGCAGUGGUUUUGGUUGUACCAUUUUCUUGAAAUCUACUGGAAAUGGAGAAAGCUCUGACAAAAGUUGGGAGCUUGAAAGCUAGUACAUUCUGGGUAUCCAAGAAAGCCAAGGAAGAGAUCUCCAAUAUUUCUCAGGACCUCUCGACUUUCUCUAACACUGUUGAAGAGAAGGCAAAAUGGAUUUUCAACAAGCUAAAAGGCAAGCCACUGAAAUCCUUGCCAGACCUCCUGCGAGAGUUCAACCUCCCUCCUGGCCUCUUUCCACAGAACAUUACCUGUUAUGAAUUUGAUGAAUUAAAGGGCAAGCUCAUUGUUUACUUACCAUCUGCCUCUGAAGUUUGCUUCAAGGACUCUUCUGUCAUGAGAUAUGCUACCCGCAUCAAAGCAACUUUAUCAAGAGGAAAACUCAGCGGAAUUGAAGGAAUGAAGACUAAAGUCUUGGUAUGGGUCAAAGUUACCUGUAUCAGUGUUGAGGGUUACAAGUCCGACAAGGUGUGGUUCACUGCAGGGGUAAAGAAAUCCAGGCCUAAAGAUGCAUAUGAAUUUCCCCGUGAGGCCAUCAAAGUAGAAGAAUUUUGAACAUGGAAAGAGAUUAAAAUUCUUUGCUAUAUAUGUGUUAAUAAUGCUUUUAGAUGCAUGACCGUAUUCAUUCAUGUAUUCUUUAUUCUUUAUUGGAGUUGCAUUUCAUUUGGUUGCUAAGUCCGAAGAACUUUCCUCUGAAUUAUAGGAAAUUUACUUGUGAUAAGAUGUUGCCAUAAUAACAACUAGAUGCUUGGCCCGGACAGAUGCCCGGGCGCCCCCUCUCAAUUACUAUUUUAUUAAAAUUUAAUUGAAUUACUAUUUUUUUGAGGAA